GAGCCGCCUGUCAGCGCGUCCUGAGCGCCAGAGCGCAGACCUGUGGACCGACUCGCACUUUGUCAUGGAUUAACACUGUUUGAGAAGCUCCCGCUGCAGUCCUCUGGGAUAACAUCUCAAAAAGCUGGUGACAGCUUCUCCUGUGCCAAGAUGGGGAACGGAUUGUCAGAUCAUCGCCCCCUCCUGUCCUGCCUCCCGUCCUUCCAGGCCCUCCACAUUGUCAUUCUGGGACUGGACUGUGCGGGGAAGACCACCGUCCUGUACCGCCUGCGCUUCAAUGAGUUCGUGAACACCGUUCCAACAAAGGGUUUCAACACAGAGAAGAUCAAAGUGUCACUUGGAGGCAGCAGCCGACGAACAGCGUCUUUCCACUUCUGGGACGUGGGCGGUCAGGAGAAGCUGCGGCCUCUGUGGCGCUCCUACACGCGCUGCGCCGACGGCAUCGUGUUUGUGGUGGACUCAGUGGACGCCGAGCGCAUCGAGGAGGCCAAGACAGAGCUGCACAAGAUCACACGACUGGCAGAGAACCAGGGUGUGCCAGUUCUGGUGGUGGCUAACAAACAGGACUUGAGGAACUCGCUGAGUCUGGCUGAGAUGGAGAGCAUGUUAGCUCUUGGGGAGCUCAGCGCCGCCACGCCCUGGCACCUUCAGCCGGCGUGCGCCAUCAUCGGCGAGGGGCUGCAGGAAGGACUGGAGAAGCUGCACGUCAUGAUCAUGAAGAGGAGAAAGAUGCUGCGGCAGCAGAAGAGGAAGAGAUGAUGUGCCAGCAGUGGGAACUGUAAACUCAGAGCUGGAUCUAAGGCUCCAUGGAACUCCUGUAAGCUGCAGUCUGCUGGUUCUUGUGUUGCUGUGACAGAGACGCAGUGAUCUGUCCCCCUUCAAGUCUGACUUCAAGUCUGACUGCUUGGCUUUGAUCCUUGCACUGGAACUGUUUGUUCAGGUCAGCCAGUGUUUGGCCCCACAGGGGACAGUGCCAUUGAUUUCUGUCCUGUUGGCUUGGAUGCCAGCGACCAGCAACGAGUCCUUCUGAUGGACGUACAGUGUUCUGCUCCACAGCAGCAGCCUGGGACGUGUCUGCUGGACCACUCAGAGUUGGAAAUGAGCUCUCAUCUGUUGUUUGUUGAAAUAUGUGCUGCAUCUGUUAAAAAAAACCAAUCAGCUUUUAUAUUUUUAUUCUACCAAAGUUCUGAAAGUUUACAUGAAGAUGAAUAAAGAUUCACUAAGUGCAGGAUGGAUAGUGACCACAAACACAAUCACUUUAGAUAGAACCACGUUUGUGGAGGUUCUCUGCCUUCUUGUGGCCACAUGUUGAUGACACGACAAGCUAAGAGCACAGCCACACUGUCAGCAGCAGAUGUCCUUGUACCAUGUAAAGAGAGAGAUGACUAUGUUUUCCAGAAAACAAUGUUGUGCUCUGAGUCUGGUUACUGGGCCAGAAGUUCCUCAGACUCAACCGGACCGGUGUGGCAGGUAAUGCUUCAUCUGACUGGACCAAACAGGGCUCCUUUAUUUAUAUGAAGCCCAAUAUUAGUUCAUCAGUGUUACUCAGUCCAUGACAAGCAAGUGCACGAAUGCUAAAAGCUAAUGAAGUUCACCAAUAAGCAUCAAAGGAACAAAUUCAGGGAACGCAGACGCACCAAAAGCAAAUAACUGUUCAUGACUGGUCCGUGUCGUCUCCAUGUGGCUGUAAACGGUGAAGACGGCUGGCAGUGGGAAGCUGUGACUUCUUCACCAACAGCUCGCUGUGGUUCUGCUGAUGGACGGGUCCAGGUGGCUCAGCAGGAAUGUGGCCCGGCUGCCCGUCGUUUCUGGUGUCAGAGGCAGCAUCCUGCGACCCGACGACAGGCUACCACGCUGAGCAGAGCCAGAGUCUGGAAGCACUUUAUUGUUCCUUUUCCUGACCUUGACAUUCUGAACCAGAAAGCAGUGAAAUAUUGAUUUAAAAGAACAAUUUUGCACAUAGAGGCGCAGGCACAUACUGGGAUUGUGGUUUGAUGUGAAAAAUCUUUUUUUUUCAAGUCAAGCUUCAUUUUAACCCUCUGAACCUCAAAGCCUGCCAGCAGGUUUCACCGGCAAAUUAUCUUUUUAAAAAUCACCAAAAUGACACCAUUUAUCUCCCAGAAACUGUGAAAACAGAAAGAAUCGUUAUUUUUAAUCAGGCAUUUGUGAUGUUCUGUGCUGUCAGGAAAACGAGCUUCAUCACAAUCACUUUGUUUUAUGUCUGAUUUAAUAAAUGACCAGAAAUUGAUCCAGAUGUUUAAAAUAAAGUCAAUACAUCUGCACUUCUUUACACAGCUGACGUCGCUGUUGUCAUGUGACACAGAUUCAGGGACUCUCUGGCUGUUAGAGCAGAACAGAGACGAGCACAGAUACAGGAACAGAAGUUGUAAAAUAUCCGUAGUUUGUAGAGUUUUCAUUGAUUUCCAGUAUUAAUACCAGCUAUGGACAUGUUCAUUCCAUUUCUUUUCAAAUUUUGUAAAAGUAAAUAAGAACAACUUUUGUCUUUUAUUUAUGGAUGAUCUGUAGAAUGAUGACGUUGUCAUACAGGAGACUGGUCAGGGUGUCUCCAUAGACGUUCUACUGCAGUGAAAAAUUAGGCCAAAGGAGGUAAAAAUGGAACGGGACCAAAAAAUAUCUGGAAUCUGUUCAGGGUUCAGAGGGUUAAUAAUCACUGUGCAAUAGAUCUAAGAUGUGAUGGAGCAUUACCACAUGAGAGGAUUCAUCGGUGAGUGAAGCUCCAUCCUGGUACAUCCAAACACGUUGACGUCUGUGCCCUUAUUUCACUGUCCAGCCCUGAUCAUCAGGGUUCAUGUGCUUGAUGCUCUGUGUUCACUUGGAAUAAAGCAACAAAAAGACAGAACACA